UUGGAAAUCCACAGGGGGAGUCGCUAUGAGUCAGCAUUGACUCGAUGGCAGUGAGUUUGGAGGUUUUGGAAGACAGUCUGCCACACACACUCAGGGACCUUUCUGCCCCUAGAACAUGUGUGUGGGGGUGGUGAUUAUCUCCCACCCCUACUCCUCCUACUUCCAACUUGGGGCUCUGAACUCGUUUGUAUGAGGAAAUAUUCUUUUGUAUUCCCUCCUGGUGAUGUGGGCAGUUGGCUAAAUCAAGCAUCUUCAUGACCUCAGGCAAAAAAUUUGCUCAGGUAGUCUCUGAUCUUGGAUCUACAUCUUAUCGUCGCCCUUGCCUAGUAAUGUGUAGAACAGCUGUGUUUCAAGCACUGCUAGUGCUUUUUUUCUUAGUAGGUGAAACCUUUUGGCCUUAUCAUGUCUUCUCCAUCACAUACAGCCCAACCGCUCCAGCGGGCGGCAUCACCGCCCACCAGUUCAUCCAACUUCGGCCAAGGCUCUGAAAUGCCAACUAUGUCGAGGCCUGCACUUGAUGUCAAUGGUGGCACCACACCUGUGAAGGAGGAUGCCAACCAAGAGAUGAGCUCUGUGGCUUACCCUAACCUGGGAGUGAAAGACCACAAAGCAGUGGCCACUCUGCACUACCCUGCGGCAGCCUCAAAUGGAAUCAAGGCCAGUGAGGCUCCCAGUAGUUCCUCAGGAUCUCCACCUCCAAUAAGCUCUCUGACCACCCCUCCUCCCAGUAAACCCCCAUCCUUGAACCUGCACUCUGCCCCACACCUGAUGGCCAGUAUGCAGCUGCAGAAACUUAAUAGCCAGUAUCAAGGGAUGGACACCACCCCUCCAGAUCAACUGGAGGAAGCAGAGUCCCUGCCAGACUGGGGUCUGGAGGCUUCGGUGGGAGGGGCGGAGUCACUCUCUCCUUCUGCUGUUGCCCAAAGCCCUGCUAUCAUCGAUUCAGACCCGGUGGAUGAGGAGGUGCUAAUGUCGCUGGUGGUGGAGCUGGGCCUGGACCAGAUCAAUGAGCUUCCAGAGCUGUGGCUGGGGCAGAAUGAAUUUGACUUCACAGCAGAAUUUUCAUCUGACUGUUGAUGUCAUGUAUCCCUAAAGAUGGAGGAAUAAAGCCACCAAUUGUAUUGUAAAUUUAAAAAAUUAAUAAAUGUUAAUUGCAAAGAGA